UCCUUGUGGAUUGGAGCCGGGAGAGAGAAAACUCUGUUACUCACUCUGUCUCCAACUUUGAAAGGAAGUUACCACCUCUUCCCCAGACUCUGUACAUGCUCAGGCAGUCACACACGCUUUUCAGGACUUGACCGCAGCAGCAACAGGGAAUCAACUGAAAGAGUCAGGACUGCUUGUUGUGUUGUAUUGAUUUGAAAUUUGGAGGGAAAGGCAGCUGAGAUUUGUAGAAGAUUUCUGUGUGCACUGAAGGGAAGAUUCUUGUCAUCGCACCGCCUGUGGACCAAAGAUCACAGCAACAGGGAGACAGACAGAGGAGCCCGAUCAUUUUACAUCCAAUCCCCAACUUCUGAUUACACCAUGAGCUGGGACUGAGGACGAGCUUCUAAGUUUCAUUUUGUGGUGUAAAAGAAUAGCUAAAGACCAUAAUGGACGUGAAGAAAAAGGAAAUGGAUCUCCUGAGCAACAGCAUAGCUGCGUAUGCACACAUUAAAGCAAACCCAGAGAGCUUCGGCCUCUACUUCGUGCUCGGAGUAUGUUUCGGCCUGGUGCUCACGCUCUGCCUCCUCGUCAUCCGAAUCUCCUGCAAGCCACGCACCAACAUCGCCCCCUCCACGCCUGAGAAAAAGCAGUUAAAGGACAUCAGCGAAGAGGACGAGGAGAGUGAUGAUGACGAUGACACUGGGGAUGACGUAGAGGCACCUUUGCCUUUGCCCAGCACAGAAAUCCCUGUUGGUAAUCACACCAGCCAAAUAGAUGGGACGAGCGUGAAUGUAUUUACUUCAGCUGAGGAGCUGGAGAGGGCGCAGCGUCUGGAGGAGAGGGAACGAAUCAUACGUGAGAUCUGGAGGAAUGGCCAACCUGAUAUACUGGGAACAGGGACAGGGACUAUUGGAAGAGUGCAUUACUACUAAGACGUACACAGCUACAUGGGAAACACUAUAAACUCUUUUAAGAACUGACAUAGACCUUUGGGUGGGCAUGAUGACCCUAAGGCCUGUGAGACCUGAGAGUCUGUGCUUCACAAAAUUUAAGAUCAUGCAAAAUGGACAGUAGCUAUGUGACAUAGUGAUGCCAAACCUGGCUGUGAAAGAGCCAAGCUAUUUGAUAUUGCACUUUCUGUGUAGCGAUGUUAUUUUUAACUGACUACAUAAAACUGAACCAAGAUGUGUCUUAAAGAAUGAUUAAUCCAUGUCGAAAAGAUGCAGUAUGAAUGUGGGAGCUGACGGAUGCUCAGCCUUUUAAAAUGUGUGGCGCUUAAUGACAAAAAUGCACACAACAUAUCUGUUCAUGUAUGUAUGUAAGUUUAUAAGACACAAAUGGAAGCAAUGUAAGGACCAUGUGUACAUGUACUGUGUUGCAAUGAAGAUUGUUGGUUUGUAUUGAAGAAGUUUUGACCUUAUGUGGAAAACUAAAAUAUCUUCUUGAAUCUUAUCUAAGAAAACACCCUCAGGAUCGCUAUACAAGGAAAGAAGAACAACAACAUAUCAUGUUGGGGGGAUCAGAUUACAUGUAGCCUACAGUAAAAUGUAAAGACAAUUAAAACUGGAGUCUGUCAUUUGUGAGUACAUUUAGUUUUUUCUGUUUCCAGGGAUUAUUCCACUAAAGGAAAUUGAAGAAUUAAAGUACUAAAUUGAAACGA